UGUGAGCGCAUUGCUGGGACACCACCUCCAGAAUAGACCACUUGAUUUGGACUAAAGAGCUACUCGCAGCAUGAAGACAGUAGGUGUCUUAGUGCUUCUCAGCUUCCUGCUACUGUCUUUCUUCUCCGAUGCAGCAGGUCAAGAUAUUGAAGAGAUUUGCAAAGAGUUUACAAACAGAAGCAUGUACUGCACGAGGGAGUCCAACCCUCACUGCGGCACGGAUGGGGUCACGUACGGAAAUCGCUGUGCCUUCUGCAAGGCAGUUCUGAGAAGUGGAGGAAAAAUCAGAUUGAAACAUCUGGGGAAAUGCUGA